CGGAAAACACUGGGAGGAGAAAACUCUGGGCAGAUCAACGUUCAACAGCUUCGGCUGUUCUGUCUACAGAGUUGUCACCACGUGAAACGUAGUCCGUACUCUGUACAUUCGUGCCUUAACGUGUCGUAUCAGGUAGAGACUAAAGACCAGAGAAAGUCCUUUGAACAGCAGAGGCUGUCGAACGUAUAGACAGCCAAUUAUUUACCGGGCGAGUUCAUUUGUUCUGCGACCGUGAGUCACAGCCUCACAGAGCUGCUUUGACCCAAGAGUCAAAAGUUUUGAGCUCCCUCGAGCUAGACUGUAAGUUGUAAAGUAGUUUUCUAGGUGAGCCACCGGAUGAGACUUGAGUCUGCAAUUAUUCCAAUUGCAAUAAAGUUAUAAAGGAGCUCUUCUCUCGUAGUUUCCAGUUAUACAUAUUCUUUUUUCCGAUCCGUAUACAACUGUUUUGCAGCUGGGUUUUGGGAAUUUUUUAUGCUGGGUCCUAACUUUCAUUGUAAUCGUGCCUGAAAUUCGUUACGGCCGAGACAAUUGCAUGUUCCGUCUCCGUCUCGGCGUGCCUCUGUACCAGGAGAUAUUCACACUGACUCUAAGAAGGUGCAUAUUUGCUGUCUGACUUUUUAAGAAGACAAGGAACUCCUUUUGGCAUGUCUAGAGAUGAAAAAAUGAAGACAAAAAGAAAGAUCUCAGCGUACCGAGAACAACUGGAUAAUGCUCUGUCAUCAUCCAAUCUUGCAAAUCGGGAAUAUGUUAAGAAUGUCAUUAGGAAUAAACUCCUAUGCUCAUCAUAUUCUGAGAACCAGGGAAACACUGAAAAUGUUGUGGAAAGGAGAACCAUUGAAGUGUCAAAUUUUCUUGACAUGGUCAAGAGUGCCAGUGAACCACCACAUGCUGAUUGGAAGAUGAAGGAGGAUAGUGAACAGUUCCGUGUUAUGUAUCGAGAAGGUCCUCAAGGCACUCCAUUCCAUACACUUCUUGUUGAAGGCUACAUGGAUGCACCUGUUGAUGUCUGUUUAUGUGUUGGAUGGGAGUCAGAUCUAUAUGAUAGAUGGUGGCCUCAGUACACCAUUCCAACUUUCAAAAUUAUAACAACUAAAUGUUUGCAAAAGGUCCGAAUUGGUGAACAAAUAUCUUUAGUGAGGAUGAAGGUUUCUUGGCCACUAUCAGAUAGAGAGGCAAUUGUGCACUUCUUCGAGUUGGAGUUCUUUGAAGAUGAUCUCAUCAUUGUGCUUCUAAACUCGAUCUCUGAUUUGGAAAGUAUAAAUAGAAGCACUCAUGGCUUCACCAAUGAAGGAAUACCCAAACCAGAGGAUAUAGUAAGGAUAGAUUUGGUGGGGGGCUUUGUAUUGAAAAAGCUUACCUCAGAAACAAGCUAUUUUCGGACAUUAGCAACCAUGGAUAUCAAGUUGGACUUUGUUCCGCCAUCAUUUAUUAAUUUUGUAUCAAGGCAGCUAAUAGGAAGUGCUUGCAAACUCUACAAGAAGGUAGUUUCUUCUGCAAAAGUUGACGAGAAAUUUUCCAAAGCCUUGGAGGAUCCACUCUAUAUUUGGGUGCGUCAAGGUCUAUAUUCUGAGAAUAAAUUGCAGAAGGCUCCGGAAAUAGAAGCCAUGAAGAAUGAGAAACCUCUAUGUCUCAUCCCUGAAGAACAUAGCAACAGUACUUCCCAGGCUCAUGAACAAGUUUUAGACCGGAUGUUUCUUAAUGAUGAUCAUACAAUGAAAACUCCACAAGAUGAUAAAUUAGUUAUAGACGAGACAUCUAUGGAUGAGAUCACUGAAGAGAUUGAGCAAGACAGACAAGUAGUGGAUAAUAGCAGAGGCAAAGAUUUUUCUCCAACAAAUUUGAUUCCAGAAAAAUGCCUUGUCAACAAGAAAAAGAAGGGUUUUAUAAGUACAGAGGUGGAACAAGCUCUUGGUAUAUUAGAUCAAGCAAUUUCUAUGGUUCGGAGUGGUGGAUUUAGCAACCAAAAUCGCUCCAGUUCUGGCUCCCCAACCCAAGAAUUUCUAGAUUUGGAAGAGGAUCAAGUGGCAGAUGUAAUUUCUUCACAACAUGGAGUCAACUCAAGUGUAGUUUCUGUUGAGGCACCAAAAAUGGAUAACAUGAAUAAGUGCAUAGAGGAAAUGACUGCCAGUUCUGAUGUCCAGAAUUUCAGGCCUUUAGGACCAGAUUCUCCCAAAGUAAAUCAUAAUCGGGUAGCUCCAUUAUCUCCAGAGAAAAGUUUCUCAGUUUUAGUAAAUAAUCAACAAGUUGCUUUGAAUUCCUCUCAUGAUGGGAAAACAGAGCCACCAUUGUUAGAUCAUAUAAAUAAAGAUUUUAAAGAAGGUAGUGCCAAGGUAAAUGGCAUCCACAAAAGUAAUUUUAAUGGUGAAACAGAGAAAAUAAAGCAUCAAAAGGUCUGUUGUUUACCCUUCAUUUUAAGGCAUAGUGGGUAGUUUGGCAGUACACUUGUAACAAUUUAUAAUUACCCUUAAUAUUAAAUUUCAGUUUCUCUUCUA